AUGGCCCAAUUACCGGUAAGUUCAACUCAAAUGGCGCCCCAAUUCCGACCUGGUGCUGUUCCUACCCUGGGCGAAUAUAUGGCGUCAAUGAAACAGCGAGCCUCAGAGCAGGGAUUGACCGGUCAGGUACCCCGGAUGAUUUCGCCAUGGCCGAACCCACCGGUUCCUACUGUCCCCAGUUAUCCUAAUCCUAACAUGAUUCCUGGUGCUCCCUCAGCGGGAUCCUUGCCAACGCAUCCUGUCUCCACGCCUGGUCAACCGAUCCGUUCUUAUCAAUCGUUCCCCCAACAAACGCAAAACUAUGUGCCAACUCAACCUGCAGGUCAGCCCACUGGUUCUUCGGCCGGUCCGCAAAAUACGACUCCUGGAGCUCCUCAUUUCCCUCCUCAGUUGCCUCAUCAGCCUCCGGCUCAGUCCAUUGCCUCGGGAGCGGCCACCGUACCUAUGCACCCAAUUAAUCAGACCGUAUCACACGGUCCAGCGGCUCCUUCUGCCUAUCCAAUACCCAUUUCCCGACCAACAGACACUCCGCAAAAUCGUCCGGGGGACCGAUANCCUUUGCAAUACCAUCCAGAUCAAACUUCUUUUCAAGGUUGGCCGGCGCAACCUCACGCGUCGCUUGGUUAUCCAGUUCCAGGCCAGUCUCAACCAAGGACAAUACGAUCUGCUGUUUCUCAGCCACCGUCACAAUCAUUUUAUGGACAGGCGUUACCGGGUGUACCACCGGGACAGCCCCAAGCUGUCGGAUAUCGACCGGCGACUGGCGAAUUUUCUACUCCCACUCGUCCACCAAUGCUCGUAGUGCCAUCAGAUAGACCGCCUUCUGUUUCAUUUCCUCCCGGUGCCUUUCAACCAAGUCAACCUCGGAUGUUAGGACCAGUGGACGGAUCGCAAAUGCGUCCGGUGCCUUUCUCAUCCCAGAGCGUUCUCGCAAGUGGCGCACUCCCACAUGGGUCUUCAACGCCCAACCCAACUCCAGGGCUGCAACAGACUGUGUUAGGACCAAUCCCUGGUGGUGCUCGAGGCUCUUUGCCUCGAGGAGUACAACCAGUACCAGCUCAGCCUCCAAUGCUUUCAACACAGCCAGGAAGUUUCCAAUCGGGGCGAUAUCCAGGCCCGCCGACUUCAGGAGUGCAACCGUUCUAUCCUACCAAGGUNUCGUCGUCGAGGCCAUUAUCACCGCCACAACAACAACAACAACAGCCGCAAUAUUACCAGCACCCUCGUUUGCCGACAUCCCAAUCUCAUCAACCGCACAUUUACUAUUCAUCGCCCGGCGUGCCUAAUGUUGGAACUACUCCUGCCCCGCAGCAGCAGCAGCCGCCGCCGCCACCACCACCACCAAUAGCAGUCAGCGCUGUUCAGUCAAAUUUGUUGAGACCCGACACCGGGAAUAAUGCCGUUGUGGGAGCCGUUUGUCCCCCGGAUUCUGCACCUUUGCAACCGCAAGUGCUUACCAAGGCUGAUUUGGAUGCACAGAAACGCGAGGAACGGCUACGUGCAACCUAUGGAAAUGCACCGGUUCCGCGGACUCCGAAUUCAUGCAGUGAGUAUACUUCCACAUCUUAUCCAGAAUUUAAACGGACGAGCGAAAGCGGAAGUACCGCCGCACCUCAUCAACAUGGAGGUUCUAGUGAUCUCUCCAAAGAGGUCGAUCCCAGUUGUUAUCAGAAACCUGAAAGAAACGCCUCGGGCUCCACUGUGCCAUCCAUAGAUCCUCUAUCUGAUCCCCUCGUGCUCAAUCCGUUUAUCGCGGCCACAGAAAACUUGCUCACAUGGCUCGAACAUCUUCACGAUCCAGUCCCGUCUGAUUCGAAACCGGGAACCACAACAACACGUUUGGAAAAAGCCUGGUCUCGUGUGCAAACCGCAGCUACAUCUGGUUCCGGGCAAAAGAAGCCCACACAGGCCGCGGCAAUGUGCUGUCCAUCAAAAAAUCGACGUCAAGAUUGUGUGCCCUACGACUCGAAUCGGGUGGUGCUUGAAAGUACGAAAAACGAUUACAUUAAUGCUAGCCAUAUUGAAUUUCUGAACUGUUUCGGUGAUUGGUGUCCUCGUUAUAUUGUGGCCCAAGCUCCAAUGACGAAAACGGUAUCCGACUUUUGGCAAAUGAUCCUCACUCAGGGCUGUGAAGUUGUGGUCUACUUACCCCCUGCCGGACGGACUUCGCGACCAUCUAGUCCGGCAUUGUCUGGUCUAAGCGAUUGGCCCAAUGCAGGUGAAGGCGGAUACGGAGAUCCUUCCAGUAGUCUUGCCAUUCCACCUCAUUUGCCGGUAAAUAAGAUCGGCUCCAGGUUUUCCGUUCCGGGAAGUCAACCGACGUUGGAAUUACGACUCCAGGCGCUGAAGUGUUCUGAUCAAGCGAAUCGUGUGUUGGACUCGAGCAGUUCCACCACGAACAGUUUUGUGGAACGUAUUCUGACAGUCAGAAACACAGCCACGGAGCACACCCGUAGUUUGGUUCAUCUAACGUAUCACGGACCAAUUUUACGACCAACCAGUCCUCCUCUGGGUGGCGUUGAUCCAUCUAGCGAACCGUUC